AUGGUCGAGUACACUUUUGAAUGGCCGUAUGGCGGCUCGGAGGUGGUUGUUUCUGGCACCUUUGACAACUGGUCCAAGUCCGUCAAGCUGGACAAGACCCCCAAGGGGUUUGCCAAAACCGUCAAGUUGCCCAAGGAGAAGACGGUGUACAAGUUCUACGUGGACGGAGUCUGGAAGGUCGAUGACGGCGUUCCCACCGAGAAAGAUCCCCAGGGGAAUCUCAACAACGUGCUCAUUUUUGCCGAGGGCGACCUGGACAAUCACACCCAGAACAUUCCCGGAGCUUUCCCCGGAGCAGCCGACGAAAAGGUCACCCAUGAUCUUAAACCGUCGCAUCUGGACCCCAAGGCUGCCCAUAAGCUGGACGAGACUCUGGAGACCAAGCGAGAGGCGGUAGCGGGAGGUCUGGUGGAUCCGAUUGCAGCCACAGACUCGUCUGUGCCCCAGGGACUUGUUUCUGGCCACCACAACAAGACCUCCAAGCACGCUGACCACGAUCUCAAGCCGUCACAUCUCUCCAACCGAGAUGCUACCAAGUUGGAAGACACUCUCGAGGCCAAACACGAGGCUGUUCAGGGCGGCCUGGUGGACCCCCAGGAUGCCUACGGACAGGGUCACGUGGACAAGAGUGGUUUGGCCCACAAUGCUCCGCCUACUCUGGAGUCAAUCCAACGGGACGAGAAGGCCGAAUUCACCUCUGCCACCAUUCCUGCCGCUUCCACCACCUCCCAGAAUCAGCCCGUCACCCACGAUCUGCUUCCCUCUCAUCUGACCCACAAGCAGGCCGACAAGAUUGAAAACGUGCUGGACGUGAAACAGCAGGCGGUGGACAACGGUCUGGUCGAUCCCAUUGAUGCCACGGGUCAGUCACGAGCCGUUCCUUCUCGAGAUGUGACUUCUUCUCAGACCUCCCAUGCUCCUCCCUUGAGCAAGUUCCAGAAUGACGAGAAGGACGAGUACACCACCGCCACCAUUCCGGCAGCUUCCACCUCCCACAAGGAGCGCGUCACCCAUGACCUGCGGCCCUCUCAUCUGAGCCAUGCUGCCGAGAACAAACUGGAGCAUACUCUGGAAACCAAGAAGGAGGCUGUUUCGGGAGGUUCUGUGGUGCCCACUUAUGCGGAAAACCCCAUCCCCGCAGCCUCCACCACUUCCCAGAACCAGCCUAGACAACAUGAUCUGCAGCCCUCGCAUCUUAGCAACAAGGCCUACGAUAAGUUGAACUCUGCUGUCGAGCGAAAGCACGAUAUUAUUGAGGACGGCAAGGUGUCUCCUGUCGAUUCCCAUGGUCAUUCUCGAGCCGUUCCUUCCCAGCCAUUGGCCAAUUCCACCUCCAAGCAUGGUACUCGUUCUUCUGGCACCUCUGGCGCUUCUUUGAACCCCUUCCAACAAGACGAAAAGAAGGAGUUCACCAGCGCCACGAUCCCUGCCGCGUCCACCUCCCACAAGGAGCCCAUCACCCACGAUCUGCAGCCUUCUCAUCUCAGCAGCAAGGCCGAACGGACUCUGGACGGCGUGCUCGAGACCAAGAAGGAGGCGGUUGAGGGCGGAUCAGUUGUGCCCACCUACUCCGAGAACCCGAUUCCCGCCGCGUCCACCACCUCCCAGAAGCAGCAGCGAACCCACGAUCUACAGCCCUCCCAUAUCGGCAACAAGGCCGAGCACAAGCUGGACGACAAUCUAGCCUUUAAGCAGAAUGUCGUCAACUCCGGCAGAGUCGAUCCUGACAAGUUGUAG